AACGAGACGACGCCCCGCAAACACAAGUCCAAAGAUAAAGAAGGGACGUUAGCGCCUUCCAAGCCAACAUUUAAAGUCCCCGUGCUGUUCGCGACCUCAACCGGUAUCUGCAUCGAAGAUCCGGGCCGCGAUUGCUCUUUCGACACAUUCAAGUUGAACCCUGAUUUGGAUACGUUCGAAAUGAAAGGCAAAGCGUUGGACAUUGCUUAUUCGGAUUACGAAUACGGUUGUGAGCUGUUCGGGGACACGAGCGAUUACGACUCCAGCUGUGAAAUCGAUCCUUACUCGUCUUCACAGCCCGUGUCUUCCCGGCACAUCCACGGCACAUUUCACCGAACUCGCUCCAUGUCCGAUCCAGAAGUCAAUUUUCGAUCAUCGCAUGACAAGAGUACAACUGCGAGCCGUGAGAAAAAGAAAGAUCUCUCGGAAACAUUUGGAGCAGAUUCGGGGUUAGACCUCAGCGCUACGGCCGGGUCUAGCCUGGGCAGUGCCAAUAGUAGGACUUCUGGGGAUUCCCGUAAGUCCUUCAUUAACCGCAAGCACGGCGCCAAUAAAACAGACAGGGCAGCUACAUUGGAUAAUAUCACCUGUGAGCGCGAAACCCGAAAGAUACGUGGCGUAACGAAUAAUGCCAUUCAAAAAGAGAACUCCGACAACACAAGUGCCUCUAGAACUAAUCGCGGGAUUAAUAUGGCAUCCGUUGGUAGCGUGAUGACACACGGGGAUCCCGGACAGGGG